CUACCUGCAAAGUCACUUUCACCCUUGGAUUCCGAUGCUAGCUAGUUCAACUGCCCGCGGUUUCGUACGCAACUCUGCCACUCACUCUACGCGUUUCAAUUGAGCUUCCAAUGCUUGACGGCGAAUAACAGCCUUUAUACAGCUCCAGAUCCACGUCCACAGCUCUCUUUCAGCGGAUACCGGCGAAUUUUCUUUCUCCUGCCAAUUUCAGUGAUCGAUUUCUUUCUCUCUGCCUCUCGGAUAUUAGCCUUUCCAUUAGGCUUCUACAACAUAUUCUAUUUGUUGCUGUCGAUUCAGCGAUUGGUCUCUGCCUAUUUUCCUGUAAAAUUCAAUUCCAUGGGAAACUAUGUCAGUUCAAAUUCUUGCACUACAACAGAUCCACAGGGGCAGAUUGAGCAGGGGAUUUCUUCCACUUCCACAGCCCUGCGGCGUCAGAUGGAGGUGGGAGUCUCUUCCACUUCCAGUUCUCGGCAAGAUAAGAGAGACCCACAAAACCCCCUCCAUGGAAUUACGCCGCAAGCAUCUUAUCACACAUCUGAUCUGGUUGGAUUGCGGGUUCUUCUAGAUUCUUCCACUUCCACAGCUCUGCAGCGUCAGAUGAAGUUGGGAGAGUCUUUCCCUUCCAGUGCUUGGGAGGAUAAGAGAGUGCCAGAAAACCCGUUUGAUGAAAUUACACCGAAAGCAUCUUCAUCAUUGUGCCCAGUAAUGAAGAAGGGGUCAUGGGAUGUCUUUAUUAAUCAUCGCGGUUGUGAUACCAAGCUCAAUUUAGCCAGCGCUAUCUAUCACACCCUAGAUCUGGUUAACAUACGUGCUUUUCUGGAUAAAGAAGAGCUCGACUUGGGAGAUCCUAUACCGGAAGAAAUAAAGGAGGCAAUGAAAACUGCCCAACUUCAUAUUGCUAUUUUCUCCGAGAAUUAUGCUCAGUCUCCAUGGUGUCUGGCCGAGCUAUCCUAUAUGCGCAAAACUGGCACUCCAAUUCUUCCUGUGUUCUAUCAUGUUCAGCCCAAUGAUCUCCGAUGGGUGCGCGGAGGCAAAGGAUGUUAUGCUCCUGCGUUUUCCCAAUACGAAAAGAAGGGCAGGUAUUCCUCAAGAACGCUGGAUGAGUGGAAAGCGGCACUAGAAACAGUCUCAAAUCUCUCUGGCCACGUGCUCAACAGCAGUAAUGGCGAUGAAGGGAUGUUGUUGAAGACCAUAGUGAAUUCUACUUUAACAAUGCUAAAAAGAGAGCCGUUGGAGGUAGCCAAACAUCCAGUUGGAAUGGAUGAAAUCGUAGGUGACUUUGAGAGAAGUCAAAAAAAAUGUUUUGAGAGUGAGCAGCAAGUAAAGAUUGUAGGGAUUGUAGGGUUUGGGGGCUCUGGUAAAACUACAAUCGCAACAGAGCUUUACAAUAGAAAAAGUUAUUCCUUCAAUUGCUCCAGUUUUCUGCAUGAUGUGCGAGAUGCCGCAUCCAAAAAUGCUUUGCAUACCAAGCAGAACAAACUGCUGGCUGACCUCCGUAUUCAAACUAAAUCAUUUGACAACGUGAAGGAUGGCAAGAUAAUUCUAGAAAAAAACUUGACAUCUCUUCGCAUGCUCGUAGUUUUGGAUGAUGUAGAUCACGCUGACCAAGUCGAUGCUCUGUUGCCACCAAAGGAGAGUCUCGGAUCAGGUAGUCUGAUCAUUGUUACGACACGUGAAGGGAAGGUCCUUAAAAAUUGUGGCAUCACCUCCAUUUACAAAAUGCAACCCCUGGAUUCUUUUCAUGCCAAGCAGCUCUUCUGCUGGCAUGCCUUCUUACAACCUGACCCACUAAAAGAGUUUGAAGGUUUAGUUGAAAAAUACAUGGAUGUUUGCCGUGGGUUGCCUUUGUCUUUGAAGGUCAUUGGAGGACAGCUUUACGGCCAAAGUUCCGAGGAUUAUUGGGUCUCUCAGCACGAUAAGAUCAAGAGGAUAUUGCCCAUGGAAAUUUUGCAGAGGCUGAGAGUAAGUUACGAUGCCCUCGAUGAAGAGGAGAAAGAAAUAUUUUUGGAUAUUGCAUGUUUCUUUAUUGGUGAAAGAAAAAGCUCGGCAAUUGCCCUGUGGGAUGGAUCAGGCUGGAGCGGCCUACAUAGCUGGGAAAUGCUUCACAACAAGUGCCUUGUUGAGCUGGAUGGGGAAGAGUGUAUAAGGAUGCAUGAUCAUCUUAGGGAUUUAGGAAGAGAAAUUGCAAAGAAACACUCACCAUCUCGAAUCUGGUUUCAGAGGCAGAGCAUGGACAUUCAGCAAGGAAUGUCGGUUCGAGGAAUAGAUGUCAACAUAAAUCCUUAUCUAAAUGACACGCCGUCCAAGGAGUACAUGGAGAUGAUCAGAAUAUCAAAUGUCAGGGUUGGAUUACAAAUUCUUACUGUUACAGAAAAUGAUUUAACCCAAGAAUGUGGGGGGCUAUUCAGAGGCCUUUUGUGGCUUCCUUCACCAGCUAUAUUUUAA